CAGCGCGCGAGCCGGGCAGAGCAGUGCGAGUGAUCGGCACAACGGCGCAGAGUUCGUCCGUUUCGGGCAGAGGGUUCUGGAGCUCGAGACGAGCUGAACCUGGUUUAAAUCUGCAUCCUCCCGCCCCCUCCCUCCCUCCCGCGCAGCACCCUCGCCCUCACACCCCGCGCAGCUCCCCCCCCCCCCCCCCGUCUGCAAACGCCGCCGCUGCGGCCCAGUGCUGCCAUGGAGUGAAGCCCGGGGAAGCGGGCGUGGGAUCUGCCGCCAUCAGCAGGGGAGCCGAGUGCGGCUCUGCCGGGAACCGCUCGCACACCAGGCCCAGGCCGCGGGUACACGGCGAUGAGCCGGCGACCGCCGAGGAUUCAAACCGGGUGACGAUCGGCCUGUUUGGCGAGCUGCAGCACCGGCCCCCGCUGUGAUUUAUUGUUUUUUAUUUCCUUUUAAAGUCCAACAAUUGCCUUUUAAUUUCACUGCAGCGGUGGGAUUUGUCUUUCCUUUCGCCGAGAUGUUGGCUGGGGCCAAGGACAAUCCGUGCCGCAAAUUCCAAGCCAAUAUUUUCAAUAAGAGCAAAUGUCAGAAUUGCUUCAAGCCCCGGGAGGUGCACCUUCUGACGGACGAGGACAUGAACCAGGCUAAACCAAUCUAUGGGGGUUGGCUUUGUUUGGCACCUGAAGGCACAGAUUUUGAAAAUCCAAUGCAGAGGUCAAGGAAAUGGCAACGCAGAUUCUUUGUGCUGUAUGAGCAUGGCUGUCUUCGUUUUGCCUUGGAUGAAUCUCCAAGCACCCUGCCACAAGGAACUGUCAAUAUGAACCAAUGCACAGAUGUCAUUGAUGCGGAACCGAAGACUGGUCAGAAGAAUGCACUCUGCAUUGUAAACCCGGAACGUGAAGUUUUCAUUCGUGGGGAGUCUAAAGAAAUAAUUAAUGGAUGGUUUGAUCAACUGACGGUGUAUCCCAGAACCAAUAAGCAAAAUCAGAAGAAGAAGCGAAAGGUUGAGCCGACAACUAUGCAGGAGCCUGGGCCAGCUAAAGUGGCAGUAACAGGUUCAGGAAUCCCAGAUCCAGAGAAAAUACCAGAUUCACGAUCUAGCUUGUGGCAGGAGGAACUGCAAAGCAGAGAAGCAGAGGCAACUCAAGGCUGGCCUCUUCUUGAUGGUGGUGCUCAUGGAGGAUUGUUUUCUAUGAGCGAGGGUGAUGUCCAUCCCCUUGAUGUUAUGUCUGAUCAUAGUUCUGUUAACGGUGAUGAAAUGGAUAGAGGAAUAAUACCACCUCUUAACCAGCAGAGGCAAGAGAUGCGUGUCCUUUCACCUUCCAGUAGUUCUUCCAGCAGGCAUGGUAUGGAACCAGGUGGAAUUCCUCGUUGCCCAUCACCAGCAUAUAGUGAUCCUUUUCCAUCUGCAAGUAGCAUGCUAUCCAAUGGAUCUCAUAUCAGUGGGUCAAUGAGUUCCCUGGAUUCAGAAGCAAGUGGAAGCACAGUAACAAGCACGGACAGCCAUCCUACUGAAGCUAUGGCCAACAGAUCUGAACUUCCAAGAGCUGGACGAACAAUCAGUAAAGAGAUCUACGAGGCUGAAGAUAGAAAAGUGGGAAAACGAACACGAAUAAGAAGUCCAGAGAGAAGGGAUACAGAACAAGUAAUUGGACGUGAAACGAGGCGCUCCACCGUAAUAGAGAAAUUUGAAGCUCUCGAACUGGAUGCUGAUCAAAUGGAGACUGAUGCAACUGCUCACAGCGAUUCAAGACUAGGAAGAAGUGAAACAAGACAAAUCCAACCAAGUGAUGAAAUUAAAAAAACAUCUAUCAGAGAGCAACGUUUUCGUUCAUCUGUUCCACCUCUUCGGCGUGCAAAAUCCCUUGACCGACGGACCACUGAAUCCAUAAUGACGCCUGAUCUUUUGAAUUUUAAGAAAGGAUGGAUGGUAAAGCUUGAUGAAAUGGGACAGUGGAAGAAAUACUGGUUUGUACUGACCGACCAUAGUCUACGCUACUACAAGGACUCAAUUGCUGAGGAUGCAUCAGAUCUCGAUGGUGAAAUUGAUUUAUCUGCUUGCUACAACGUAACUGAAUAUCAAGUCCAGAGAAAUUAUGGCUUUCAAAUUCAUACCCAGGAAGGUAUGUUUACCCUUUCUGCAAUGACUGCUGGUAUUCGACGGAAUUGGAUGCAGGCGUUAAUGAAAAACAUCCGACCUUCAACAGCACCAGAUGUUGCUAGUUUGCCAGAGGAACAGUGUGCUGUGAUGCUUCCAGAUACAACACAGCAUUAUGAUAGCAAAUCAGAUUCUCCAUCAUCUGAAACAUCUUCUGUGGAUAAAGAGACAGGGCAGCGAAAAAGCCGCGCACGUGAAAGGAGGAGAGAGGGAAGAUCAAAAACCUUUGAUUGGGCAGAAUUUAGGCCAAUUGCACAAACAUUGGCACAGGAAAGAGCAGCAAAGUCAGAUUUAUAUGACAGCAAUUCGGAGAGAUUCGGUUCACCUCCAACAGAUCUGAAUGAAUGGGAACGGACUAAACGGCGUGAGGAACGUAGAAAAAGAUACGAGGCUGUGGCUGGUGCAGCGGGUCCAAGUUCAGGUGAUGCAAGCAAGAUAGAAUUUGAAUCAGUCAGUUCCUCACCACCACUGGAUCAGAAGCAGAGGGUGCACGAUGAAAUUGAAGAGCACUGGCAACAGGUAGAACGGACCCCUCUCCGGGAAGAAAGGCGGGUUCCCCUGGCAACAGUGUUUCCAAGUUCACAGAUGUCACAGAUUGAUAAGCUGCUGGAAGCCCAUACAAAAGAGCUUGAAGAAUUGAAAAUCCAGUUGGACCAUUGCAAGCAGGAAUUGGUAGAGUCUCAAAAGUACAAAUUGGAGCUGGAAGCCCAGCUGAAGGCUAGCUUAGAACGUGAGCAGCAGGUCCGUUCAGGUUAUAUCUCCCAGCUGGAGCCACCUUUGGCAAGUUCUAACGCCUGGCAGCAGCUACAGAGGCUGAACCAGGACCUGCAAGCUGAGCUGGAAGUUCAACGGCAAAAACAGGAGGUAGCUAAUACACAAGCCCAGAGCCAAAAAAAGAGCUAUCAGGAUGCCAAGGAACUCUUAAGACAACAAGAGGCAAAAAUACAAAGUCUUCAGGCCAGACUGGACAUUUCUUUUUCGGAGGUAGCCAUUAAUGAACAAUCGUUAACAAAAGCACAAAAUGAAUUAAGACUUGAUCGUCAAAAGUAUAAAGAGCAAGCCGAUGAGUAUGAGAGAAAAUUAAGUAUGUUUAGCACCAAGUUGUAUGAGAGUGAAGAGAAACUUAGAGAAGUAGAAGGAUUGCUUCUGGAAAAGACUCAAACUUUUAGGGAUCUAGAAAGGCAAGUGGCUCUUCAGGACAACUAUCAACGAGAAGUUAAGCGACUGCAAGAUCAUCUGGAAGAAGCAUGCAGUAGGCUACAAGGCAGUGAACAAGCAGUUAUUCUGAGUGAAGAACGUUUUAAGAAACAGUACGAAGUUCUGAAAGAAAAGUACAAAAAGGAAAAGGAGGUCUUGUCACACAGCGUACUGGAAGCUGAAGAUAAGAUUAGAGAAUAUGAAGAUCGCUUACAGACUCUUGAGGCUCAAUUAGAGAGAGUUCAAAAAGAAAAAUUAGCCACCUCUUUCAAAAGCAGUGAGAUGGUAAGGCAAAUGGAAGAACAUGUUGAGAUGAGUGAGGGAACAGUGAAGCGGCUUUCCCAUGAUGUAGACAUCUUGUCAACUGAGAAUGAACGAUUAAAUCAACACUAUCAGGAAAUAGUUAAUCAAUUGACGGAAGCUGAUAGAGAACUUGAGGGGCUAAAGUUAGAAUUGGUAAAGGACCAAGAAAGGUAUCAAGAUUUGAAUGAAGAUUUUGAAAAGGCGGUUGAAGAGGUUAAUAUACUGAAAAAUGAAGUGGAAGAAACCAAUUUUAAAAUGGUAACAAUUAAAAAAUCCUAUGAGAGAGAAUUGGAAAAGAAAAAUAAGGACUUCAAUGAGGCUUUAAUCAAGCUUGAAGCUUUGGGUACCAGCUUAGAGGAGACAGAGAAGAAACUGCAGCUUAAGGAGGCCACACUUAAAGGCCUUGGUUGGCAAGUGCCAACAGACAUUGAUGUACUCCUAGAGAAAAAUAAAGAACUUCAAAUCAAGUUAGAAGAAGCAGAAGCUAGGCUAACUGAACGAAGCAUGAACUUGCAGAUAAGUGAAACCAAUUAUAAGGGACUUCUUUCCCAAAAAAACAAACUUCAAUCAGAUCUGGAAAUUUUAAAGAAACAAAAUGAACAUUUGGCAAAGUAUAGUCUUUCAACAGUUGAAAAUGUUCUUCAAUGCACCACUAGUCGGCCUGCACCAGAGGGAGACCAGAGCGGACUAGGUUCCAGUGUGCAACUUUCUAAAGAGUUGAUGGCAAGGCUUCAACAUUUGGAUAGUCAAGUAACAGUGCUGACUGGUUCAGUAGUUAAAGCACUUACUGAAAGUUGGUUCUCAGGACUGUCAUCCUUUGAGACUUCUGAUAGUUCAUGUGAUACAGCAGUAGUCAAUAGUUGCAUUACAAACCUGAAAAAAUGCCUGGAAAUUGUAUGCACACUUGAAACUAAAUUAUUAAUAGCAGAACAAAACAUUAAAAGGGAAACAGUUUGUCCUUUAGAUACAAGACUCCAUUAUGAUGAUGGAAGUUACAAAGGACUGUUGGAACCUGGAGAUUAUUCAAAAGGGCAGUGGUUAGAAACCCAGCAAUUAACAUAUUCUCCCUCAGUGUUGGUUGAGGCUGAAUUCCAGUCACUUCAAGCGAAAUUGCUUUAUUUGCAUCAGGUUUUGGAAAGUUUUCAACAAAAAAUUGGUCGACUUGCACAAGAAUGGGAUAUGGGACAACAUGGGCAAUGGCCUGAAUUAGUUCAUACAUUAGCAGGUUCAAUACAGUACUUGCAAUGUAUGGAAGAAGAUUUAGUUAAAAAAAAUAAAGUCUUUUUUGGUGAAGCAUGUCUAAGAAGAGAUUCCUUAACAGAGGAGGAAAAUCUGAAAUAUUUAGCUGACAAACUUUCGCUUGAAGCAACAGCACUUAACAAUAUAGCCAAUGCUUUACAGAAUUCAGACUCCAGUGUAAAAAGUACUUUAGAUGAAAUUAGAAAACAGAGUGAAAAUGUUACCAUGCCUGUAGUAUCUACGGAUGAUGUCAGUACUCAAAUUGGGCGUGCUGUUCUUAACAAAAUAUUUAUAGAAGGAGAGCUUUUGGCAAAUCUGUCUAAAAUUCAGGAAAACAAGACAUCAGAUGUUGAAGAGCAAAUGAGCAAACCUGUAAGCAGUUACCUAAAUAUGAUGGCAGACACUAGCUUAAUAAAAGGAGAAGUAUUGUUCUGCGUCCAUAAUAUUUUAGAAGUUUCACAAGAAAAACUGCAGCAACUGAAAUCACAAUGCUCAGAAAUACACCAGAGAAGGCAGAAAAGUGAACAGAUGCUCAGGAAUGUUGUAGCUGCUUAUGACACGUGUCGGCUUGAUGAGCUGAUUGAAGAAAUUCGGAAUGAGCUGAAUAAAGAUGAAGAGGAAGAAUCAUUACUUUUCUGUUCUCAAACUUGUAUAUUACCAUCAGCAUCUAAUUCUGCUGACCAGGAGUUUGAACUUUGUGUAAGGACAGAGUUAGUGCAGCAAAUUAAGAAAAAUGCCUGCUCGUUGAUGAAAAUGUCACACUGUAUUCAGUCUGGUGCAGAUGAUGAAUUGGGUCUUCUGGCCAGAAAGUUUGUUCAAAGUGGGAAUUGCAUACCCACAUUGAGCAGACAUUGUAAUGCAGGAGAUAUCUGGCCUUUUCUGCUCCAAGAUGCAAUGAUGCAAGCUGAAUUGUCAUAUGUAAUCUCCAAGAUGCAAUUAAAACAUGAUGUUGUGCAAAGUGGGAAUAAACAAUUGAAAGUGGAAGGUUUAGAAGUGCAGCACUCAAAUUCCAUCAGUUCAUUGCAGAGUAUGGAUACAGCUGAGUUGAAGACACACAAGGAAAAACAGGACAUAACGUUUAAGAAAUUUAAAGAGAACCUUGCAGAGUUUCCACAAUUGGAUAUUUCAGAAUCAGGUGCUGCUGCUAGGACAACUCACAUCCAUAUUGAGGGAGAACCAAUUGACUCAUUGGACAAAGCUAUUGAACUUCAGGACAUGGCAGCAAGACAUAAAAGAGAACUGCGUGAAGUGCGCGAAGCAUAUGAAACUGAGCUGGAAAAAUUGAAAAGGGAUAUAGCAAGAGCAGGUGAAACAUUAAGGCUGAAAACAGAAGAAAAUGUGAAGGAAAUAGAUUCAUUGACCAUUUGCAUGGAAAAUUUGAAGGAGAAGCAUGUUGAGGAGCUGAAGAGACGAGGGGAAGAAUUUAAAAUGGAGAAGAGAGAACUGGAUAAAAACUGUGCCAGGGUAAAAGAAGACCUUACUCGAGAAAUUGAAGCUUUGAAGGACUGUAGAGAUACUAAAGAAUUGGACUUAGUAAAUGAUCUGCAGAAAUCAACUGACCCAUUCAAAAAAACAAGUGAGAUGCAUUCGAUGGCCCUACUUAGAAAUCGCAUAGAAGAACUGGAGUCCCAGAUAGAUGCCAUGAAAAAUAAGAUUGAAACAAGUCCAACAAAUCUGCGUGAGAAAUAUGAAAAGGACCUGGAGAAUCUCAAGGCUACAUGUGAACGUGGGUUUUCUGCUAUGGAAGAAUCACAUCAAAAGGUAAUAGAGGAACUCCAUCGGCAGCAUCAACGAGAGCUAGAGAGUCUACAGGAAGACAAAGAGCGACUGCUAGCUGAAGAGACGGCUGCCACCAUCUCUGCCAUUGAAGCGAUGAAGAAUGCACACCGCGUGGAACUUGACCGUGAACUCGAACGAAUACGGAAAUCUCAAAACAGUAGUGUAAAUUCAGACCUUGAUGAAAUAUGCAAACAGCACGAUGAGGAGUUGGCAUCGUUGCAUCGAGAAAUUGAAGUCCUUUCUGAACAGUACUCCCAGAAGUGUCUUGAAAACGCCCACCUAGCUCAGGCCUUGGAAGCAGAGCGACAGGCAUUGAGACAAUGCCAACGUGAAAACCAAGAACUAAAUGCACAUAACCAGGAGCUGAAUAAUCGUUUGGCUACAGAGAUAACACGACUGAGAACAAUGAUGACCAGUGAUAAUGGGGAUGCUCCUGCUCUAUCUCAAGGCAAAGAAGUAUAUGAAUUAGAGGUAUUGCUGAGGAUCAAGGAAUCAGAAAUACAGUAUUUAAAACAAGAAAUUAAUUCACUGAAAGAUGAACUGCAAACUGCUCAACGUGAUAAGAAAUAUGCCACAGAUAAGUAUAAGGAUAUCUACACAGAGCUAAGUAUCGUGAAGGCUAAAUCGGAGCGUGACGUAAACCGACUGAAAGAGCAGUUGCAGCUGGCACAGGAAGCACUGGGAGAGCAGCCCAUGGAUGAAACAGAGCACAGCAGAUAUGACAUAAUGAAAUCAAAGAGCAAUCCAGAUAUCUUAAAGAUGGCAGCAGCUGCGAAACGAGCAGAUCGAACUCUAAGAUCAAAGUCUGUGAGUAAAGAGGUGGCAUGGGACAGCUAGAGCUACCAGAUGAUUGACAUCUUCCCUUUAGAGCCUCAAAGAAGGACUUACAGUUCAACAGAGGUUUCACCUAUUUGAAAAUGAGGAGACAAAAGAAUUUUAAGAGCUCCUUUGCAUGUGUGAGGCAACCCGUUCUGCCUUUGCAUUGAAUCGCAGUCAAUAUGACCUCUAAUGGAAGCUUUGAGUUGCUCAGCAGUGAUACACGUUAUAUUUUAAAACAACACACAUGACCCUCGCACACCUAUUUCCCCUUAGAUUAUUAUUGUAAAGUUAUAGCAUUUACUUUAAGUUCCAUGCACUGCAGAUGCUACAACUAAUCUUAUUGCAAUCUUUUACUGUAAAUACUAUGUAGGGAUUAGCUUUGUUUCGAUGUUUGGGGUUUUGUGGUCCCUCACAUUCUGUAAAGCUGAUUUAUAUACACUGCUGUAUAAGCUACUGUGUAAACAAAUGGAAUAACCUUUUUCGAAAAUAUGAAAGACACUACUUGUAUAUAACCACACGAGAGGGAUGCUUGUGUAUUUUCAUUUUUCUUUAUUGGAUUGAAAGUUGAAGCUUGAUUUGGAUGUUUGAAUAUUUGGAGAAGGUACAAGAUAAAGACGGUGUCCCAUCUUCCUGGUCUGCAAAAUCCCCUCUUACCCACAUUUCCACUCCACUAACAAAAUUUUAAAAAGUAUACACAGAACAAAUCGUAUUAGGACUGUCACAGCCUUCCAUUUUUUUUGUCAGCCCAUUAAUCUUUGGAACUUUUAAAACAUUUUUUUAGAUAAGGGUUGGCACUGAUUUUGAAGCUUUAUUCAUUUUGAUACUGUUACUUGUGCAGUUUCCACAGCUACUUGUGACGAUACUAUAUCUGUUCUAAAGUGACUGUAGACUGUGAUGUUUUAAAGGUGCUACCAGAAUUUGUCAAACGUAUAAACAGCUUAUAUUGUUAUUCUUUCAUUGACACUAAUCUAUAUUCUGAUAUUGAACCAAAAGUAUAACUUAUCUAGCUUUUGGUCAGCACUUGCUAUUUCCUUGCCUUUCUGGCACUCUUGGUCACUCUUGUGCAAAACAAGCACCCUAAAAGACUUGUAUUCUGAGAGUUUUACAAGUAAUUUCAUAAAAUAUUUUUUUUUAAUGAAUGACCAUCAGGGUAUGUGGAAACGAGAAUGUAGCUUUUCAAUUUGUGCUUAGCCAUGAUUUAAUAUCGUAGGAAAUAAGUGAACAAAAAGUAGAACUCUUGAUGUUCACCUUUUAAUAGCAGCCAAUGCUUAAGAGAAGAUUCCAAUGCAGAUGUAAUCCAAAUGACUAUAAGUGAUUUACAAGGUACUAAUGGUAUGUUGUUUGAGUAAACAAACUUACACUAUCCUGAAAGCAGCAAGUUGGAGUGACGUGAGGGAGCAUGUUGUCUCAUUUUGAAAGUAUCACAUUUUAGUCCCACUGGUCCACCCUUUGGAUACUGUUUCUCAAAAAAUAAAUUUUAAAGAUCAAAGGAUCUGGAGACAGAUUUGUUGUUAACCUGUAUGUCCAGAAUGGGUGUCAUCUUGCUGGAGAGUGAGAGAGAGAGAGGAAUGUUGGGUAGCUCAGUAGUUUCUGCCAGUGGCAGGCCCCUGUAUUUAUUUAAAUGUGCUAAAUUUGCUCCUUUUUCCCUUUCCAGUCAUAGAAACUGCUGUUUGUGAUUGUAAAUACACCGUAAAUACCGCACCACCUAACUUUGCAUAUGUUAGCAAUAAAAUAUUUUUGCACCACG